CUGUACAAAUAAAAAUAGACAGUGCUGUGUGUGUUUGGGGUUUGUUUUUUUGUAAUGCUUGCACUGUAUUCCUCUUCCUGUCCCUCCCCUUUGGCUCAGUGCCCUUUUCAGGUCGCCUAAACUUUGUGGUGUUCUGCAGUUUUGCAAAGGUUGUGCAGUUCUGCAACUGAAUCAGCAGUUCAAGAAGGAGUCGGAUUCUGAUACCAAAAUGGAGGAACAGGAACCUGACAGACCUGAGCCACGAGAGAGCCCGGAGCAGGGAGCCCGAGACCUCCAUGUGGUCCAAAUUGGGGCCACCGGGGAGUUGCUGGAAGGGUCGGUCCCCCCAAAGCAGUUCAAACGAGAGCCGGAAGACCAGUGCUGGGACACCCAGUUGCAGGAUUUCCUGAAAACGAUGCAACCAAACCGCUCGGGAUGGAGGAGCUCCCCACAGUCCCCACAUUAUAUGUCAGGAGAAGACACCAAGUAUUUCCAGAGCUCCCUCAAGGGAGUAGAGGAAGGCAGCCGGUGGCACAAAGUCGAAUGUACGUCCCGGAGUAUGUCCGACGAUGGAAAGACCUAUGAGAGCAGCCAGGAUUCACCCGUGAAAGUGAAGGAAGAGGUUCUCGAUGAGGACCUGGUCAACCUGGAGAUGCGGAGGCAGCGAUUCCGGCUCUUUUGCUACGAGGAGGCCGAGGGGCCACGAGAGGUGUGUAACAAGCUCUGGGAGCUGUGCCACCAGUGGCUGAGGCCAGAGACACACACCAAGGAGCAGAUCCUAGAGUUUCUCAUCCUGGAGCAGUUCCUGGCCGUCCUGCCACCAGAGAUGCAGAGCUGGGUGCGAGAGCAAAGUCCUGACACUUGCACCCGGGCUGUGACCCUGGCAGAGCGGUUCCUUCAGGACUCUGAGGAGCCAGAACAGAAAAUGUCAGGAUCUCUUAGUUCUCCCAAGUCAGACCCUUCUUCCCCUGUUAUCUUGAAGAUGCAGCUCCCACUGGAGGAUAAGCAAGAGGAUGACUGGGAGGCCACCUUGUCUGGCAAUGAACAAGUGCAAGAUGAUGAAGAUGAAGAGGAGGAGGAGGAACCGUUUCAGUCUGACCAGCCUGAGCAAGUGGGUAUUGGUGGAAUGUCCUUAGACCGAACCAAAGGGAAGAAUUUCCAGGGUCCUGAGAUGGACAAGAUGCCCGAGGGCCACCAGGGAAUAGAUGGUCACCAGGAGAACCAUCCUGGGAAGUCUGGCGGGGAAAACGACCGGGGUGUUCGGCAAAGUUCCUUCCAGGAGGGACCCCACAGACACACUGACUCAGGGGAGAGCUCCGGUCAGAAUUUAAUCCACCCAGAAAUCCAACCCAUUGAAAAGCCACACAAAUGCUCGUUAUGUGAAGCAAGUUUCUAUGAGAGCACCCAUUUGGUGAUACACGAGCGAAUCCAUACAGGGGAGAAGCCGUACAAAUGUUCUGUGUGCGAGACCUGGUUCUCUCAUCCCUCAGAGCUGAUGAGGCAUGAGGAGACCCACAUGCCCGAGAAACCCCAUAAAUGUGGGGUCUGCGGCAAAAGCUUUAACCAGAAAGCCUCCCUGAUCACCCACGAGAGAACCCACACAGGUGAGAAACCGUACGAGUGCUCCGAGUGUGGGAAGAGCUUCAGUACCAGCUCCCAGCUCAUUACGCACAAGCGAGUGCACACGGGCGAGAAACCCUACAGUUGCUCAUACUGUGGCAAAAACUUCAACCAGAAAGCGUCCCUCAUAACCCACAAGAGAACCCACACUGGGGAGAAGCCGUACGAGUGUACGCUGUGCGGGAAAAGCUUCAGCGCUUGCUCCCAGAUUAUCAAUCACAUCAGGGUCCACACAGGCGAGAAACCCUACGAGUGUUUAGAGUGCGGGAAACGUUUUGGGAGCAGCUCCCACCUGACCGAUCACAAGAGAACCCACACGGGCGAGAAGCCCUACAAGUGCUCCGACUGCGGGAAGAACUUCAGCCGAAGUUCCAACCUCACGGCGCACAGCCGGAUCCACACAGGAGAGAAGCCAUAUAUAUGCUCAGGGUGUGGCAAAAGCUUCAGGCAGAAAGCCUCCCUCAUCACACACAAGAGAACCCACACGGGGGAGAAACCCUUCGAAUGCACCGAGUGCGGGAAGAGCUUCAUCUCGAGCUCCCGCCUCGUCAGCCAUAAACGGGUGCACACGGGCGAAAAGCCCUACGAGUGCUUGGUGUGUGGGAAGUGCUUCAUUUCAAGCUCCCACCUUUUAAGCCAUAAGAGGGUCCACACAGAAGAGGAGCCGUACAAGUGCUCAUAGAGCAGCAGGAGAGUCUUCUGCUAGUAGGCUUCUCUUCCGAGGAAUGGUUCCCACAUAAUAACCCCAGGCCAGGGAUUAUAUAUAUCGAGAACAGCCUAGCUUCUAUAAUCUUGAAGGCUGUUUUAUCCUCUAGAUGUAACUCAAAAGCGCAGAACCCUCUCUCAUAAUUAAAUAUAAUUUCUCAGGCCAGGUUAUUUUUCUCCCAGGGAUUGGUUGGGCCAUUAACUCUCUGUCAGCAUUGCUGUGGCCCUUGGUCCAUGUUGUGGCCACAGCAAUGUGUAUGAGCCAGGGUAGGGAACACAGACCUGGUUGUGUGAUCUUUUCUCUCCUCUCUUCCAAAAGGAUGAGAGGAGGAACAUGCAAACAAGGUACACACAUGCCACAGACAGUGUGUAGUGCAUGCAUUGGGUGAACUGGUCCAGUGCUCUGCCUGGGGACAAGGUGGCUUCAUGUGUUCAUAUCUCCCACCAAGAUGUGUAUGCAAUUGAGGUGCAAUCCCUGAGAUGUGAGUCUCCCUAGACAAAGGGAAAUUUGAUUUGUCACCCAGGAAAACCUUCGCUCAUCAGCAUCCACAGAAUCUGUGCGUGUUGUAGUGGUCAAUCUUCUCAUGGGGAAUACUGUCACUGUAGCCUUCCCCACCUCCUUCCACUGUGAACAAUAAUUAUGGCUUUGAAUGCACUUGUUCUCCUGACCAGUGGCCGGGUUUUUCAAUGUUUACGAAGUCUGUCUGCUAUCUGCAAUCUCUCAGUAGAACAGUGGUUCCCAACCUGUGGUCCAUGGACCACCAGUGAUCCCCAAAAACUAAAAUAUGGUCCGUGGCCUCACCAUUACUACACCGUUGCAACAAGAGCGACUGGUGUCGCGAAACCCUCUUAUAGUGCCCAGGCAACGGGCAUGUCGGGAGGGAAGACUAUCCAUGAAAGGCGUGACAACAAGCCUCCUGACUGCUGCUUCUCCUCCUCCCUCCUCCUGAGUAGAGCCAUUCUAUGUAGCACUUUGUUGUCUUCGUUUUUAGGCCUGUUCCUGGGGUUAUUUGGGGUGCUGAUUUAGAAAAUGGCACUGGAUAGACCACAUCAGCUCUGGAUUGUUAAAUAUGGUUUUCUGUAGGCAGGGCCGGCUCUAGGCAAUUUUCGAAUGUAAGCAAACCAUAUUUUGGUCCCCCCCCCCCAAUGCAGUGAGAGUGGAAGAAAAGAGUCAUGGAGAUUUCCCCAAAGUGUGGGGCCUUGGCUGGAGGGAGGAGUUUUUUUUUAUCUCCGGCCAAGGCCCGGCCUAGGGAAAUGAGGGGCGCACUGCUGUUUCCUAGAACCUUUGUUUGCCCAUCUCUCUCUCUCUCUCUCUCUCUCUCUCUCUCUCUCUAUAUAUAUAUAUAUAUAUAUAUAUAUAUAUAUAUAUAUAUAUAUACCGUGUUUCCCCAAAAAUAAGACAGUGUUUUAUAUUAAUUUUUGGUCCCAAAGAUGGUCUAGGUCUUAUUUUCUGGGGAUGUCUUAUUUUUCCAUGAAGAAGAAUUCACAUUUAUUGUUGAACAAAAAAAAAAUUGAACAUUUAUUAUAUACUGUACAGUAGUUGUCAUCACAAACCAGCAUAACCAGACAAACUGUGAAUCCUAUCAAGAAUUUCUUGUUACUACGAAUAUUUCCAUGUACAACACUCUAUGGUACAUACAUUUACCAAUCCUGCAUGCUCUGGUGUUCUGUUCGUUGGGCAUGCUUCCAAACAAAAACUUUGCUAGGUCUUACUUUCGGGGGAGGCCUUAUAUUUAGCAAUUCAGCAAAACCUCUACUAGGUCUUAUUUUCUGGGGAUGUCUUAUUUUAGGGGAAACAGGGUAUAUAUAUAUCUCUGGGCACUGUACCGGGCGCCUCAAUAGCGCCCCCAGGGGAUUGGCACCUUCUGCAUUUGCGUACUUUGCUUACCGGUUCAGCCGCCCCUGUCUGUAGGCAAGCAGAUGGUGCCUACUGGAUGGCAUAUGUUCUGUAUCAAAAACUAGAGCUGAUGUGCUCUAACCAAUGCAGUUUUCUGAAUCAGGACCUCAAAUAAACAAACUGAAUCUAAAGUCAAUACCCUUUUGGUAUUAAUGUUGGAGAGUGGUCCCUGGUCAAAGUGGUCCCUGGUCAAAAAAAGGUUGGGAACCACUGCUGUAGAGGGUAGGAACAUAGGUUGCCCUCCAACACAAUUUGAAAACAUUCACUGUGAUGGAAAACUGUCAGCAUAUAGAUUUAGAGGAGCCAUCUAAUGCUGGGUUAACUCUAAUCUCCUAUCCGCAGCAUCUUAUAUUUUUGCUGCCAAGCAGUUGCCUUUCCUUGAUAGAAAAUUGAUAGACCUAGUUGCGUCAUAGUCACCCCUUGGCCUGUAAUAGGAAGGGACCUGUCUCCUGAUUAGCUGAGUAGAUGAACGGCAAGUUCUCGUCUGCUCUGCCCUAUGCUAUUCAGUGAAUAUACCUGUGCGUUAUUUUUCGUCUUUGUUUCUGUGGUGCAUUGGAUUACGAUUCUAGAGACCAAGCUUCAAAUCCCAGCUCAGAGACCUUAGCACUUUUAGAGGAAGGCAAAGGCAAGAGCCCCUCAGAAUAAAUUUCGCCAAGAAAACUCCAUGAUAGGUUGGCCAUAAGUCAGAAAUAACAGCAACAACUUCCAAAACUACAAAUCACAGAGUUCUUAGCGGUCAUGGCAUUGAAGCAAUUUCUAGUUCAUGGUUUAGGCCAUAGUUCUAUUAAAGAAGGAUGCGUCCUAUUAAAAUUAGUGGAUAAAGGAUGUGCGAUUUAAUGUGGCAGCAUCACUGUAGCUAGAUGUAUAUGAUGCCUGAGUGUGGAGAUUCUGCUUUUUCACUUCUUUGUAUUUCAGGCGAGGUAAAGGCUGCAGUGAGAGCCUAGGUGGGGCACAACGGGGGAAUUUAGCAUAGGAUGCACCUCUACUGCAGAAUUAAUACAGUUUGGCACCACUUGAUCUACCAUGGCUUCUGGGAGUUGUGGUUUUACAGGGUUAUUGACCUGUUCUGCAAGAGGGUUGGUGCAUUCCCAGGAUUUCUUAGUAUUGAGAUAUGGCAGUUAAAAUGGUAUCAAACUGCAUUCUACAGAGUAGCUGGACCCAUAACCCAGCAUGUAGCACUAUUCAAGAAUUCCAGGUUGGGGAGUGUUAUAACAUUGCCCUGUGGCUGUUAAGUUUUGAUUUUCCUCUACUGCUCUGCCUGCCAACAAGAGGCAACUAACAAAAAAAAAAACCCUGGAAUUUCAGGCUUCUUAACUUUGGCAGCCUUAUUUGGGAGAUUACCUAUUAGCACUAAAUGUAGGCUGGCUUGCUGUGAGUUUUCUGGGCUGAAUGGUCAUGUUCCAGAAGCAUUCUCUUCUGUCGUUUCACCCACUUCUAUGGCAGGCAUCCUCAGAGGUUGUGAGGUAUAUUAGAAACUAGGUCAGUGAGAUUUAUACAUCUGUAGAAGGCCCAGGGUGGGAGAAAGAACUCUUGUCUGUUUGAGGCAAGUGUGAAUGUUGCAAUUAAUCACCUUGAUUAGCAUUUAAAAGCCCUGCAGUUUCAAAGCCUGGCUGCUUCCUGUCUGGGGGGAAUUCUUUAUUGGGAGAUGUUAGCUGGCCUUGAUUGUUUCAUGUCUGGAAUUCCUGUUUUCUGAGUGUUGUUCUUUAUUUACUGUCCUGAUUUAAGAGUUUAAAAAAAAUACUGGUAGCCAGAUUUUGUUCAUUUUCAUCGUUUCAAUGUGUUGUCGAAGGCUUUCAUGGCCGGGAUCACAGGGUUGUUGUAUGUUUUCUGGGCUGUAUGGCCAUGUUCCAGACGUAUUCUCUCCUGACGUUUCGCCCACAUCUAUGGCAGGCAUCCUCAGAGUUUGUGAGAUAUAGAUUUGGGUGAAACGUCAGGAGAGAAUACUUCUGGAACAUGGCCACACAGCCUGGAAAACAUACAACAACCUUUUCAUUGUUUCCUCCUCUCUUUUGAUUCCUCCCAGCUGGAACUAGCCAGGCUUUGAAGCUGCAAGGCUUUUAAGUGCUAAUCAAGGCGAUUAAUUGCAACAUUCACAUUUGCCUCCAACAGAAAAGAGUUCUUUCUCCCACUCUGGACCUUCCACAGAUAUAUAAACCUCACUGACCUAGUUUCCAAUAUACCUCACAACCUCCGAGGAUGCCUGUUAUAGAUGUGGGCAAAACGUCAGGAGUGAAUGCUUCUGGAACAUGGCCAUACAACCCGGAAAACUCACAGCAACCCAGUGAUUCUGGCCGUGAAAGCCUUCAGCAACACCUUAAAUGUAGACUUCCUAGAGACAUUUGCUUAGCAGGUGCAGAAAACUUCACAACCUGUUAUUCCGGUCGAAAAAAGCACCUCUUCCAUCAUAGGCAGUGUGGAUGGGCAAGUUCCAGGGACCAAUCUCUUUAACCUGGAUCAGACAGAGUCUCGCCACCCUCAUUAAAAUGUUUAAAGGUUCACUCUUGAAUUCCCCUGCCUUGCACUUAUCUGGGGGAGUCUGUGCCUUGUUGUAAGUGAAAGUUACACUUCUGAGAGGCCUCUGGAAAUGUAAUGGUUUUCUUUAAAGGACUUUGAGGGAUCUUUAGGCUUCCAGAUUAGGCUGGGGAAAGAUAUGCACGAAGCUCCUGUUGUACAUAUCCUUAGAGUGGAAGGCCAGGAGAGUGUAGCCAGCCUUGUGUGUGUGUGUGUGUGUGUAUGUAUGUAUGUAUGUAUACACACACACACACACACACAUAGAGCACUUUCUUUAUUUGUGGCUUUUCACUUUAAUGGAGCUCCUGUGCUCCUAUCCCCAUAUAUAUAUGUGUGUGUGUGUGUGUGUGUGUGUAUUGUUAUAUUGUAUUGUUCUGGGCAUGGCCCCAUGUAAGCCGCCCCGUUGGGGAGAUGGUGGCGGGGUAUAGAUAAAGUUUAUUUUAUAUAUAUAUAUAUAUAUAUAUAUAUAUAUAUAUAUAUAUAUAUGCUGUGUCCCGGCCACGCGUUGCUGUGGCGAAGUAUGGUGGUAUGGGAAAUAAAGUAUUGAGGAAUUGGUGGUAGUUAAGGUAAAGGGUAAAGGUUGUGUCCGACUGCACACUGAAGUGGAUUAUAUGGCAGUGUGGAGUCAAGAUAAUCCAGUGCAAAGCAGAUAAUAUAAGAUUAUAAAUGUGUUAUUUAGCUGUGUGGAAGGGCCUUGAGUCUACACUGCCAUAUAAUCCAGUUCAAAUCAGAUAAUCUGUAUUUUAUAGGCAAUGGGGAAGAGGCCUAAGUGAGGCCUAACUCUGCCUGUCCCCUGGGCUGAGUGGGUUGCUAGGAGACCAAGUGGGCGGAGCUUAGCCUUCUAACUGGCAGCAAUUGGAUAAAAACAAUUAUUCCUCUCUCUCUAAUUAGGACUUUAUUUUUCUUUCCUUUUUUGUUGUAUGAACGUAGAGGCAUGGAUGAGGGGUUGUGCUGCCAAGUUGAGUGUUUCUGGGAUGUGUACUUUUGUUGUUUUGUCCUAGGCCAAAAUUUCUAUAUUUCAUAUAUAUAUAUAUAUAUGGGGGAUAGAGGCAUAGGACCUCUGUUAAAGUGAAAAGCCGCAAAUAAAGAAACUGCUGUGUCAUUUUUUUAUCCAACCUAAGAGACCACUCUCUAGAAAUCUUUAAGUCCUCAAUAGUCAACCUCAGACAACGGUUGACAGUAGCAUAACUAGGAGUUCCCUCUAGGACAUUGGUUCUCAACCUUGGUCCUCAGAUGUCUUUGGCUUACAACUCCCAGAAAUCCCAACCAGUUUACCAGCUGGGUUGUUGUAUGUUUUACGGGCUGUAUGGCCAUGUUCCAGAAGUAUUCUGGAAUACUUCUGGAACAUAGCCAUACAGCCCAGAAAACAUACAACAACCCUGUGAUCCCGGCCAUGAAAGCCUUCGACAACACAAAAACAAAAACAUCUGGGCACCCCAGGUUAAGUGCAAGGUUAUAAAAUAUAUUGUUUACUUGGCUCUAGGAAUCUCUAGGCACUCCAGCAGACACUGGAUGACCCGAGAAAACAUUUUAAUCAAAUCCAUGAGUAAUCUUCAAAAGUGGAAGGUCAAUUGUUCUAUGGAGAGGGGGCUUGGAAGUAAUUAAGAUGGGAAAUUACUAAAUUUGUACAUGUCUUCAGUAAGGUAGAUUGGGGAAAGCAACUUGUGGCUUUCCAGAUGCUGAUGGGCUUCAUAUCCCCAUCUUGCUGUAUUCAUCAACAUCUGCAAACAACGGGAAUGGGUCAGUUCAACAUCUGGAAACCCACGGUAUGGCACUUAUGGUGAUCAGUGAGAUAGUUGAGUUGACUCCUUACUUACCUUGCUGGGCUCUCUUUGUUGAAAGGUGUCCAUAAUUCUGGAAGUGAAACAGCCCUCAAUAGUUUCCUUUGUGAGAGAAAACGCUACCAUUUGUCAGAGCAAGAUAGCAAGAUAGGCAGAUGCAGGGAUGUGUGGACAGGGCAUGGACUGAUGUUGGUGGGCAGGGCUGCAUGUGGCAUUCAGCCUUCCCCGUGCCCCCAAAACUAGCCUGUUUUGCCCUCAGCUGCCCUCUUGAGACCAUUGUUAAAGUAAGCUUCAGCUACCAGUCUAGUUAGCCUCUGAAUGUGCAACAGGAAUGGGGUGUUUUUAUCGCAUCAGAAGCAACUUGAGAACAUACUGCAAAUCGCUUCUGGUGGGAGAGAAUCAACCGUCUACAAAGAUGUUGCCAUGGGGAUACCUGGAUGUGUUACCAUCCUGUGGGAGACUUCUCUCAUGUCCCUGCAUGGGAAGCUGGGGCUGACAGACAGGAGCUCACCCUGUCUCGUGAAUUCGAACCGCCCAACUUCAGGUCAGCAAUUUCUGGAUAACUUUUUUUUAUCAGAUCCACAAGUGUGAAACCUGCAAAUGUGGAGGGCUAACUGUACUUGCACUUACUUUCAACCCAGAUUUUGGGCCUAAUAUGUAUUUGAGGAUCCAGUUCUUAUGUUCCAUCACAUAAACCAGGGCCAGAGUCAUGGGUCCCAACCAGAGGUUGGAAAAGUUGCUUUUUAAAAUGCUCUUAAUGUCUUGAAUUUUCCAGCCACUAUGACCAAUGCUGGUGAAAUCUUUUGAGAAUCCAAACUUCCAAAAAAAGGUAACUUUUCCAACCUGCUCCUGAUGCUCAAGGUGGAGGCUAAUGUUGUAGAAUAAGGUGUUUUCUUACCCCAGUUUUUUGGACAAUUGGGGCAGAAACAUAACAUACACACAGGCUGUUUUGUCUUUUCUGAAAUUUGGUCAUGAAUGAGGAAAUAUUUGAAUCCAGGCUAUGCCAGUCCUAGAAUAUUAUGCAGAUUUCCUUCAUUUAGAGUGUUUGAAAUACUUUAUCUUGCGUCCAUAUGGGAAAAAAGCUACUUCUCGUUUUAUAUGGCAGCCGUCUUGGAUUCUGUCUUUGCUUCCAGGUAGAAUUUCAGGUCCGGGUUCUCUUCCGAAACUAUAAUCCACGCACCCUCCUCCAGGCUUUCCUCAGCCUCCUCACUUAUACUUAACCCCACUUUUCACCUCCGUUUGUAAUCCCUCGACGCAUAUGCAUGUCUGCUGUCCACAGUGGAAAGGCUCGGAGAGAGUUGAACAUGGCUUCCUUCCCAUGAAUGUUUGUGAAUCUGUAGUUGUAAAUGCAUUAAAAUAUCUUUAAUUUAUGCAUAUGUGUUACUUGUAGAUUUUACAUUAAAUUCUUUUAUCUUUUA